AUGCCACCCGUGCAGCAGCAAAAUUACGGGUACUUCGGGGCACCUCAGCAGCAGCAACAAGGCCAGUUUUCAGGCGGUAAGAUGGAGUACUAUGAGGAGCACAGGAAGAGGGAUACAAUGGCAACAGCGCUCCAACUGGGAGCUGCAGCCGCGAUGCUGGGAGUCAGAAUCGUGGUGAAAAGAGGAGACGAGGUGCGCGAGCACGCCGAGGAGGGCGGUUUGCAGGAACGCACGGUGUUCAUGCAAUUUUCAGAACAAUUAGAGCUCCUGAAACAAUUAAGUGACAUUAAAAUAGUGGAACUAUCAGAGCCCCAGAUGGGAUUCCCCUUCAAGGUCAAAAUUAAUGGCAGAUCAAUUGUUGCGAUUGUUGACGAGUGGGCGCUGUGCUCUGUUGUGGCGCCGGAGGAAUGCCUUGGGGUGGAAGUCGCCCCAAUGCCUUUGCACUGUGAAAUUUGGAUUCGGGGAAAUUCCCAUAAAAUGUUGGGCAUCACUCAGCCUUUGAUUCAAGUAGCUUCACAAAUGCAAGCAACAAUGCCACUCGUUGUUGCACCUCUCCCCCCAGGCAUCUCAGCAGUGCUGGGACGUGAUUUUCUUAACACAUUUAAUGGGCAGUAUGUGAGGAAAAGUGACACGUACUGUUUCAUGAUGGGCAAUAAUCCAGUUUCUAAAAAUCGGUCUAAAUUGUUCAAGGAAGAGGAAUGGGAAAUUUUGAAUGUCUCAAAUUUGGAAGUAGGAAAACUUUUUAAAAUUUUUGUAAAAAUAGAUGGACUGAAACUUAAAGCGGCUCUGGACUCGGGAGCUGUUAGAACAAUCUUAAAUUCUAAAUUUUGUACUAAUACGGCUGCUUUACAGCCUGUAAAAAUGAAAUUAUUGACGGCAAACGACACAGUCUUGCCGGUGGACGGAAUGUACCGUCCUGCGUUCACUGUUGGCACAGCGCAGGUGCGCCAUGCAACAGUGGUCGCCCCCCUUCCCCAGCAGAUUGAUUUAUUGAUAGGAAAUGAUUUUAUGGAAAAAUAUAAGUCAGGAUUUUCGUGGAAAACAAAAACAGCCACGUUUGAAAUGGACGGAGUUUCGGUUACAGUGCCUAGAGUACCGGAACCACAUGAGGAAAAUAUUCAAAAUGUUAAUUUUGUAUGCCCUGAGGUCCCCACUAAAUUUGGACAGAGUAACACAACCCCAUCCCCAGCAGAGCCCGCCCCAAAACCCCAGCAAGUAGCAGUUCCAGGAAAAGGCGCUUCAGGAAAAGAAGCAGGAUAUUUCGAUGACAAUAAUAGUGACUAUAGUGACUAUAGUGACUAUAGUGACUACAGCUUGAGUGAGUCGGGUUAUUCAGAACAAUUCGACAACCAGGUUAGUCUUUUGGCAGCCGAGGACGUUUUAAUCCCUCCGCAGUCUUACAGAAUGGUGCAAACUUCAACUCCAAACAUUUUUCCCGCUAUACUUACACCAGAACUAGUGAAAGGUAAUCCAGAAGUUACAAGUAUGGAGUGCAUCCUGGUUGAUAACAAUGUUCCAGUUUUCAAUGGCAGUGAUGGUGAAAUUUUAAUUUCAAAACAUACUCCUGUAGGGUUUGUAGAUCCUGCUGAUGCAAACAUUCCGGAUUCAGUGUUAGUGGAGACGAAUUUAGCGGAAAUAAAAUAUGCACUAAAGAAUCAUAUUUUGUCAUUAGACGAGAUAGACCUACCUAAAAAUCAUUGUCAUGCAGUGCUCGGUGACGAGAAACCAGCACUCCCAUCCCUUGAAAAUUCCGACCUGAAUGAUUCUCAAAAAUUAGUAGUUUCCACACUUCUUCAGAAAUACAAAGAAGUUUUCAGCUACAAGAUGAAACCAGGAGCGUCAAUCCCAGGAGUAGUUGGGCACCUGGAAAGAACAAACAAUGAGUCUAUUUUCCAAAAAAGAGACAGCACCCCUGAGAAGCCAAAGGGGCGAAUUCUCUACGAUUCAAGAUUGUUGAACAAAGCUCUGGUGAAGCCAAAAUAUAAAAGUUAUACAAUUCAAGAGGUUUUGGCUUACUGUGCAGACAAGAAUCUGCUUUGUGUAAUGGAUGUUGUGAACUAUUUCUUCACUAUAGAAAUGUCAGAGGAAUCUAAAUUAUUGUUAGGGUUUAAUUUUGAAAAUAAAGCCCUAAGAUGGGGUCGUCUACCCCAGGGCUGUUCAGUCUCACCCAUGAUUGCCCAGCAAGCAAUGGGCAUUGUUUUGAAAAACUUAGGUGCAAUUUAUUUUAUGGAUGAUAUCCUAUUAGGUGGUCAAAAUUUCACAGAGCUUUUGGAACUCUUUGAAAACACACUUCAAAGGAUGAAAGAAAACAACCUCAGACUGCGUCCAGAUAAAGCAAUCCUGUUUCGGAAAACCCUUCCAUGCCUAGGAUUGAUUGUUACAGCGGGGGAGUCAGUGAAACCAGACCCCUCGCGUUUCAGGCCAUUACUGGCUUUGAAAGAGCCUAAAAAUAGUGCUGCACUGAAAUCGGUGAUUUGUUUCUUUUCAUAUUAUAGGAGAUACUUGAAAGGGUUUGGAGCUAACGUGAAAAUUUACAAUGACAUGGCAUGCGAUAAAAUUCCUUUUGAAUGGACAGACAAAGAUAGGAAGUUCAUUGAAGAUAUGUAUAAUUACCUGCUCAAAGAAGCCACGUUGGCUCUUUUUGAUGAAAAUUUGGAAACAAAAUUAUGGGUCGACGCCUCCAAGGAUAAUCUGGGUGCAAUGCUUUCUCAGAAGCGAUCAGGCCGUUACCUCCCAGUAGGUUACUUCUCUCAACCUAUAACAGGAAAUCAGAAAGCAUGGUCAAGUUUCCACAAAGAGUGUUUGGGAUUGUUUGAGGGCAUAAAGUAUUUUGAGAAUGAAUUGAGGUUAGUGCAACACUUUGUUGUGGUGGCUGACUGCAGUUCUCUAAGGUAUUUGUUGUCGAUGCAGAGCCCCAAAGCACCUUUCGAUAGAUUCAUUUCCUAUCUCGCUCAAUUCUCAUUUGAUUUUGAAAUAAUUCCUAGUGAAAAGAAUAAAGUGCCAGAUGCAUUAUCUAGGCUAGACCCACCCAAAACAUCAGUAGAGGAUGUAGUAAUACCAGACAAGCUGAUAACCAAAUUAAAUUCACAUGUUAUGCCUGUGAUGACACGCAGUGCAACCAAAUUACGGAAUCAACCAGACAAUCAAAUGGAUAAAAUUCCAAUGCAGACCGGGGAUGAGCCUAAAAUUGGACCGGUCUCAGCACAAACUGUAAAGGUAAAUAAAGGCCCACAGCCUUCUUUCCAGAGUCUCCCUGUUGCAUCGUCUGCUUGGGCGCCUUCUGCAGAGCAGGCGCGCCCUGGCUGUGAGGCUAGCAAUGUCGCGCAUCGGGCAGAGAUGCCGGCAGUGGCAUCGCCACAGCACAGCAAAGUUCCCCCUCCACCGGGAAACGGCGCGGCAUCAGGCGGCGGUAGCUUCGCACGGCCUCCUCGAGCGCCGCACCAUAACAAACAAGCAGACGACGUGCGAGACCACUGGAAAGAUUUACUAAGCCUCGAAACAACUAUCUCAAAAUUUGAGGGUCCUAAUCACUUUCUUUGUAAUUCGGCAUUGUCAGAGUUUGACCUCAAUGGGAAUAGUUAUCAAUCAAUCAGCCAAGCAUUGGAAAUGAAUAAAACCGAGAAUGAAAUGUGGAACUUUUGUUUGUUGGAACAAUGUUUACGAUUAAAAUUUGCACCCCACAGUGAGCUGGCAGAGAGGUUACUACAAACAAGACCUAAAAUGCUUGUGUAUUCAAAUGUUGUUUGUGAUAAUUUCUUAGGUACUUGUGUUUGUCCAAAAUGUGUUGAUGUUCUUUCCUCAAAUAAGCUAGGUGAAGCUUUGAUGAUGCUUAGACAUGAACUACUAGUUUGCAUUGAAGUAAGAACGGAUUCAGGAAAGGUAAUUCCAGCUUUGAGAAAGUUUAUAGCAGCUCAAAAGGAGGAUGAGGAAUUAUUGAGAAUAAUACAAACAUUUGACUCAGAAGGUAAGCCAACAAACAAGACCGACAAGGCCAAAGGAAUUGCAAAAUAUGCUAUGCGUCAUGGACUUCUAGUAACAAAUACUGUUCCGCCAAGGACAGUUGUACCACAAAAAAUAAUACCAGCGGUACUUCAACAAUUCCAUGACUUGUCACUCCACGCAGGGAGAGAUAUAAUGCUUCUAGCUUUGCGUAGAUAUUAUUUCUUUAAUAAUAUGGAUGAUUUAGUUGCUAAAUAUGUUGCAUCUUGUGAGAUGUGUGGUAAAUACAAAGUUGCAUAUGCGAAAUAUGGUAAACUUCAACAUAGGGUAUCUAGUAGUUUAUUUGAGUCUUUGGGGGUUGACUUCACUUUUGUUACAUCUGCUAAUAAUAGAUUUAAGUGGUGUUUAGUAAUAGCUGACAACUUUUCAAACUUAGUUUAUUUAAAGGAGUGUAAGAAAGCAUGUACAAAGGAAUUGAUUGAUGGUCUCACUGGUUUCUUUUAUAAGUAUGGCCUGUGUCGUGAAAUUCACCUUGAUGCAGGACCACAAAGUAAAUGCAAGGAGUUCCAUCAAUUUCUAAGUAAGUUGGGAAUAGAAUUAAUAGUGUCACCAAGCAAUGCUCAUUUCUCCAGUGGGAGAGUGGAGAGUCAGGUGAAAAGGGUCGUGGCAGCCCUACGGUUUCUAAUAGAUAAUAAGAAAACUAGGCUAGGAAAUUGGGAGAAAUAUAUUCCAUUGGUGCAGUUUCAUCUAAAUAACGCACCUCAACUGGCAACAAAUCUUUCAGCAAAUGAAGUGGUGUUCGGGCAACAACUGUUGGAGCCAGCCACUUUGAAGACAGUGUUACCACAAUCACAAACACUGCAACAGAGAAUAAAUUUGCUAGAACUAAUUAGGAGGAAAGCAACUGACGCAAAAAGAUUAGCUCAGAUGACAUACAAAAGCAAAUAUGAUAAAGGGAGAAAAGACAUAGCUUUUGAGAAAAACCAGCCUGUAUUUGUGAGAAUUGAGAGCAAGGCAAGUAAAACAAACCCACUAAAAUUCCAACCUAAAUUCAAAAUAGGUGUUAUCAGUAAAAAGAUUUCAAAUCUAGUGUACGUUGUGGCGUUCAGGGAGAAGACUGGUAGGUUGUGGAAAAGAUUGACUCAUGUCAGUCAUUUAAAAAUUAAGGUAAGCAGACCCAAAGAGUUAGUAAGUGGUAAAAACGAGAUUUUCUGUAUUUUUUCCUCUGAUGGAACAAUCCCAUUGUUCCCGUUGUAAGGCUUUUACUAGCUAAAACAAUAACUUUCUUACUAGGGUAUUUUUUUUUCUUUCUCAACAAGGAUCUUUUCGGAUGAAACUAUCCCUGUUAAUAGAGUGCAUUGAGAAAAAUAACAAGAAUAUAUGAGUGGACUAAAGGAUAAAUAAUAAAAAUAUACACGGAGAGAGUCAAAAUUUAAAAAGAACGUUUUGAAAAUAGACUGGACUUCCUAACUGUAAUUUUAAUGCUAGAGAAUAAAGACUGAUGCGCAAUUAGUUAAGUUUAGGGUAAAGUAGGGGAGUUUUGAUGUCCAAUUUAAACUUUUAUUGCGUUCUUUGUUGACAUGUGUAGGCCUAUGCAUUUUACAUGUAAAUGUUUUUUUUUCCCCAUUGAGUGAAGUCCGCUAUUAUAAUAAAAACAUGAAAAAGAUUAAUGAGAGUUAUGAGUAAUGAGAGUCAUACAUAAGAAAGUAUUGCAGCUAGUAGAAGGAUAUUUAAUUUUUUUUUAGAGUAACAGCCACAAAUUCAAACACACAAAAAUAAAAGCAAAAACAACAAUCACUCUUAAAAGUACACAACAAAGGUUACAGUAGUAAAUAUACUGACAUGAAUUGCGCGGGGCGUGCAAAUUGUGUGCGUCGGGGAAAAUGCCUUGAUAAUUAUUGAUCCUGUUUUGUUUGAAAAACCAGACUGAUUCGUUUUUUUUUAUUCUGUUGAUGUGCUUCACUGUUGUUCUUCUGUGUGAGAUGACAGCGUUUCCUAAAUCUUCUCUGAUUUCAGAAUC